AUGGGCUCAAUUUCCACCGACUGCGAUGUCCCUGUUCUACUGGAUAUCCGGAAAUCAGCCGAGCUGCUGAACCUCCGUUCCUUUGUUAUAUCGGGGCUUACGGCGGAACGGAAGACGCUGCCUUCUCUUCUUCUGUGGGAUGAUCAAGGGCUGAAAAAUUUCAACGAAUGGACAAUGAGUGCAGAUUACUAUCCCAGGGCACGGGAGUUGGAGAUCAUUGACACCCACAAACAUGAGAUGGCGCAGGACCUGCCAGAGAAAUUUGCCAUGAUUGAGUUAGGCUGCGGGAACCUCUACAAGACAGCUAGCAUUCUCACCGCUCUUGCUCAGAAGGGCAGAGAGGUCCAUUAUCAUGCACUCGACGUCUCCGCCGAGGCACUGUCAAAUAGCCUGAACGGAUUGAAAGCGCACCUCUCAGGCCAUCCAACGAUCAGAGUCUCCGGGAUUAUUGGAACAUAUGAAGAUUGUGUUGACUGGCUCACCAAUUCCGCAGCUCUAGAUCGGUUGGGACUCUCGCAUGUCAACUUCCUAUGGGUCGGAAACACAGUGGCAAACCUAGAACAGUCGGAAGCGAGUGCUCUACUCGGAAAAUUUCGUCAGGGAUGCAAGACUGUCGGUUUAACAUGUAGCUUCCUGAUUUCUGCUGACUGCUGCUCCAAUAAAGACAGAGUGAUCAAUGCCUACAAUCCCAACCAUGAACCUGCACGCACCUUCAUGCUGCACCCUCUACAUCAUGCCAACAUGCUGCUGGGCCACGAAGCCUUCCGGCUGCAAGACUGGGAUUGUACGCUGGAGUACGAUACUACCGAGAAUGAAAUUUUGUUCUGGUAUUCUCCAAAAGUGGAAAUCACUCUCGAGGUUGGCCAAAAGCACAUCCACCUGCCGGAAGCAACAAAAGUCUUGUUCUGGCGGAGUGGAAAGUGGACGCCUACCCAGGUGGAACGAGUUGCCAGCGAUGCAGGAUUCAACGCUGGUCGUUUGUGGCAGGACGAACUUGGAGAGUACGGUAAGUAG